AUGGCAUUCCCAAACUCAUACUCGGACAUCGAUAGCAAUUCCAAGCUUCCAAAUGACACUGUUCUCAUCAUAGGCGCUGGACCAGUUGGAUUAAUGACAGCGUCGGUAUUGGCAUUCUACAAAGUUAAAUCAGUUAUUUUGGAAAGAAGCUCUGAACCUACGAGAUGGCCAAAAAUGGACUUGACCAAUGCUCGAUCAAUGGAGCUGUUGCAAAAGAUUGGGCUUGCAGACGGCCUACGUGGUCGCGGCGUGCCUAGCAGCAUCCCCUAUAAUGUGUUGAUGUCUACUGGUCUUAGCCAGGACGCCGCAUUUGCCCAAUGGAACCACUUGUCAGUUGAUGAAUACAGGGAAAGGAUUAGAACCCAGAAUGACGGAACCCAGCCUCUAGAACCUUAUCAGAGAGUGUCGCAGCACAUCUUCGAGGCUUGGAUGCGAGACCUGUGCCAAGAAAAUCCGCUUAUCGACGUUCGAAAUGAGCACAAACUCGAAUCAAUCAGCGAGACUGAAAUCGGCGUGACAGCCGAGGUUGUAACCACCAAGAAUGGCGAGUCUUACACAAUUCAAGCUGGUUACUCCGUGGCAUGUGACGGAGCAUCCAGUAAGAGUCGCAAGAGUUUGGACAUUGGCCUUGAAGGCGGUCCACUUUCAUUCCUCCUGGUUCAUUUCGAGUCUAAUGAUCUCGAGCGGCUACAUAAACAAGGCCGGUUCUGGCAUCUUUUCGUCUUCAAUCAAGGCGCAUUCGGUGGUGCCGUCAUCUCUCAGGAUGAGCAGAAUACAUUCACCGUACACUACCCCUUGAGCUCCAAUGCGGAUGAGCCCUCAAUCAGCUCAGAGGAUGCGGUGUAUAGUGUGCUUGGUGGAGCGCACGGACCAUUCCACGUCAAGAUCGACAAGAUCCUCGUGCGAUCAACCUAUGUGCCUAGCACUGCUGUAGCAAAAGCCUUUUCAGGUCCUCAAACGCGAUGUUUCCUCGCAGGAGACGCUGCACAUCAAAACAUACCCACAGGCGGCUACGGCAUGAAUACUGGCCUCGGAGAUGCUUUCGACAUUGCCUGGAAGCUUGCUGCAGUCGUCAAUGGGUGGGGAGGCCAAGGCUUACUCAAGUCAUACGAGCAGGAGCGGCGACCUGUGGCAAUUCGAAACGUUGAGCGCGCAGCUUUUCACAUGUCGGCUCAUCUCACCGCCGUAGGGCUGCUGGGAAGCGACGUCCUAGAAGUCAAUAGCUCAACGGAGCGGGGCGUAGAGAUGAAGAAUACCCUUCAAAACCAUUAUCAUACCUUUGACGGGGAAAACACUGAUCUUGGCAUAGAGAUGGGAUAUCGUUACGAGUCUCAAAUCUGUGUUACUGAUAACACUGAGUCCCAGCCAGAAUGGGAUCCUCAUUGCUAUCUACCCACCACAUGGCCGGGAAGUCGAGCGCCACACGUGUACCUGAACAGUGGCGAGUCAAUAUUUGAUCUGUUCGGGCCGGAAUUCUCAUUGGUUGAGUUCAAGAAUGACAAAGAUGGUGAAAGUGAUAGUGUAGCCGUGGUCAAAGCAGCCAAAAGACUUGGAAUGCCGUUGACCCAUGUUGUAUUGAUUGGAGAGGAAACGGCUGCUAGUGUAUGGCAGAGAAAGUUUGUCUUGGUUAGGCCAGAUGGACAUGUGGCUUGGAGAGGAAAAAGCGUUAAGGAUGAAAGACAAGCAGACCUCAUCCUGAGGACGGUUGUUGGUCAUGAUGAUUGA